CUGGAUUUGUGGAAGCCCCUGCUGCCAGAAGAAAUCAGGGCUGGAGAAGAACUGAACAUAAGGGUCCCGGGCCCCCUAGUACGGGAGGUGAAAAACGACUUAGAUCAGCAUAUGGUCUCUUACAGAGUCCUAAUACCUGAUGUGCAGGAACUUGUGGAUCAGAGCAUGCCAUGGGAAAGCGGCAGCAACAAACAGGUCCCAGAAGGUUAUGUCUACACCAAAUAUCAUCCAAUGGAAGAGAUUUCCCAAUGGAUGACUCAGAUCCAGAAGAACAACAGUGAGCUGGUGACUCAGCACAUCCUGGGGAAGACAUUUGAGAAUCGAACAAUGUAUUAUCUACAGAUCAGUCAACCAUCAAACAAAACCAAAAAGAUAAUUUGGAUGGACUGUGGGAUUCAUGCCAGAGAAUGGAUCUCUCCAGCCUUCUGCCAGUGGUUUGUGAAAGAAAUUCUUCAAAAUUACAAGUCUGACCCAAAGAUAAGAAGAUUUCUGCAGAAUUUGGACCUCUAUGUCUUGCCAGUCCUUAAUAUUGAUGGCUACAUCUAUUCCUGGGAAAAAGAUCGUUUGUGGAGGAAAAAUCGGUCUCCAUAUAUGAAUGGUACCUGCCAUGGGACAGAUCUGAACAGGAACUUCAAUUCCUCCUGGGGCAGUGUUGGUGUUUCUUUUAACUGCAGCAGUGAUGUCUACUGUGGACCUGGACCAGAAUCAGAGCCUGAGACAAGAGCUGUGGCUAGGUUUAUUGAAAGGAAGAAAAGUGACAUUUUGUGCUACUUAACGAUUCAUUCCUAUGGACAGUUGAUCCUUCUUCCAUAUGGUUCCACAACUAAACCUUCAAGUAACCAUGAAGAACUGAUGAAAGUUGCACAGGAAGCAGCUGCUGCACUGAAGGGAAAGUAUGGAACCAGCUACAAAGUAGGACCAACCUCUUUAGUUUUAUACAAUAACUCAGGAUCCUCACGUGACUGGGCCCACAUGAUUGGCAUUCCUCUCUCCUACACAUUUGAACUGCGAGACACAGGGGAACAUGGAUUUAUUCUCCCUCCUGAGCAGAUCCAGCCCACAUGUGAGGAGACUAUGUUGGCUGUGACAACAAUCAUAGACUAUGUUGAUCAUAAGUACUUCCCAGAUGGGGCUGUGGUGUUGACCUCCAGCAGCCUGGGCCUGAGCCUUUGCCUGAGUAUUGUACUUAUAUGGACUGUUGCUUAA